AUGGGGCUGCAAGGAGGAGAGACGCCAAACAGGCGGCGGGCUGCUGGGUCCCGGCGGCCGGGCUCGGCGCGCGGGCUGCGCACACACACCCCCGCGCGCGCGCACAGCAACACACGCACGCCCAGCCCCGCGCCGGCAGCCCCAGGCCACUGGCGAGCGAGAAGUCCGGAGGUGCGAGGAGGGGCCAGGGCUCCCAGGAUGCAGAAGAUGGGAAGACUCAGUCACUCCUCACUAGUUUGUAGAUUGCUGCUGGCAGGCAGUUCCUCAGUGCUAGCCCUCAAGUCCGUUCGGCCGUCUCUCGGGUCCCUGCCCUCUCUGGCAUCUCGGCCCCCUGCCCUUUUCCUGGAGGCCAGUUACUCUUCGGGGACCCUGCGUGAGCUGUCCUGGUCUCUGUCUAGCUCCUGUCCCAACUUAUUCCUCUCCCCCGAGAACCAAGAGGGAUCACUGGGUGUCGCCCAGCUGGGGAACCCCAAACCGGUGAGACUUCUCUCUCAGAAGCGCCCCAGGCUCAUUCGCUGCUCCCGGCGAAGGAGACUCCUAGCGGGAGUUGUCUUACCCGGACUGGGCUUCUGGAACUGCUCACCGAAAGUAAACUUUUACCUUCUGGUUUUUUUUAAACCACGGUUCGCCUUUGUGCUCUGGAAGGUCUCUACACCAGCAGAGCAUUAUUCUGUCUUCCCAAGGGCUGGGGAGGCUGAGAACUGCUGUGGGUUUUUUCAUUCGGGGCUUCGAGAAUCUCUGCAGCUUGGGACCUGCCGGAAGAAAAGACAAAAGUUGCGCAGGGUGGAGACAGCGCGAGGUUCUUUUGCUCCCGUGCGGGGCGCGUCGCCCAACCAAGGACUCCAUUCAGAUUGCUCUGUGGAACCACGGCUCUUGACUGACUCUGGCAGUCCAAUUCAAGUUGAAAGGCGGCGGACUUUGCCGGGAAGACAGUGCAUGAACGCCGAACGUGCAGCUGCCGAGCCGCAAAAGUGGAACAAGUGGAUGAUUCGGUGCAAAAAAAAAAAAAAAAAAGAAGUGUUGAUAGGAGCUCUAGCAGCACUAUUCACAGCUCAGAAAUCGAUCCAGAGCAUUCAAAGGAAAGAAGUCUGUGUACAGUCAUGGUUGGUAUGCCCUAUAGUGGUUGUUCUGCUACACGUAACUUCCAUCCUCGAGGUCACUUUGUGAUCCAAGAAGUCAGCUGAAACCCCAGUCAUCAAAUAGAGUAAGAUGGAGGAAGGUGAAAAGGCAACUUCAAGGAUGUCCCCACACAGUUCUUUGCCUAAUGAAUCUUCACCCGGACUUUAGCCAGUUGGUCAUCAGAAGGAUAAGGCACAGGAGGGGAAAUGUUCUCUUUCAGCCACGUGGAAAUAUAUCUCACUGAUAAUUGGAGAUCAUUUACUGAAAAGCUAAGGAGAAAAUGAAUUUUCAAGUUAGAGGCUGUCCAUUAUGGGCCACUGGUUAUUUUGGACCUAAGUUCAUUUUCACAGAAUGAUUAAAGAGGUGUCUUCUUGUGAUUGUCCUUAAAUUUCUCUAGACCUUUUUUUCUUCUUUACUUCCUGUGUUCUUUUGUCUCAAAUUAUAAACAUUUUUUGUCCUUCCCAAAUUUUAUCUUGUCUAACUGGUAUGAAGUAUUAAUAUAUUAGAAUAUUUGGUUUUGCAUACACGUAAGUGCAAAAAAUAGAUCUUGAAACGGUUUCAUCAAUAAAGUAUGGUUAUAUGACUAAUAUAAUCUGAAGUUUAAAAUAAUGAAAUCUUCAUGUGACAAUGCCACACAAAGCAGUGAUAAUAUUACAAAGUGGCGCAAAAGUGAGUGUUGGUCACCUUGAAAAUUUAUAGCUUCUAAAAUAUUCUAAUUUCUUUUUUCAUAUUCCUAUGUCCACAGAGUUAUGUCUCUUAAUAGAAUAUAAUUCUGAAGAAAUUGUUGAUAAAAUUUUAUCCUAAAGUUGCUGAAAUUUUAUACUCAAGCCAGUAACUUAGCAUAAAGUAUCAAUGAGAAAUUUCAACAAUAAAUUGAAUGUUGUAUAACAUACCUCAACCCUCUGCCAGGGGAUGCGG